AUGAAACCAUCAACCCUCCUCACCCUAACGGCCACAGCCGCCUCCACCACGGCUUUCACCCUUCCCUUCAAGUUCCGACGGGACGAUGCCACCCACACCCCAAACCGCCGUCUCGCCCACAACCCACCCACCUACGCCGGCAAUGCCCAUAUCAAGGCCGUCGCCGGCAGCAAGCCGCAAUCCCUCCGCGCAGGCGCUUACCUCGCCUAUCACCCACCGGCCGCCACUCCCGAGCACCCGACCCAAAACCAAGACAUGAUCCAGUCCGUCACCGGCUCCGUCGUCAUUCCCAAGAUCUACAUGCCCGAAUCGGGCCCCACAGCCGGCAACGUCGUAGGGGAGUACUCUGCCUCGAUCUGGGUCGGCAUCGACGGGGCCUCGGCCACGGACAACUUCAUCCUUCCCGGGACCAACAACACAUGUAACCCGUUGGGCCAAUCCCUUCGUGCGGGAGUCGACAUCUUCUGGGACGGCACCUUGGACGGCCAACAGACGCCGUACGUCUGGGCGCAGUGGUACCCUGCCGAGCACGCCCGGGGGUUUCUCGGCUUCGAGGCUGCGCCCGGCGAUGAGCUGCGGUUCUCCGUCCCCAAGGGCGUGGAUGGUAAAGUCAGGAUACCGAUUGCCACGGGCAGUCUGAUCUGGAAGAACAUGCCGGGAUUGUGCUCGGCGCAGGCGAGCUGGAUUGUGGAGGAUUUCCCGCUGCAGGAGAGACCCGAGCUGCCCAGUGCGCUGGGGAAUUUUACGGAUGUGAGGUUUGCGGAGAUGGGUGUCGCGACGUGGUUUGGAUACAAUUUGACGGAUGAGAAGGUGGCCACGGAACUGAAGAUGUUGGAGAUUUAUGAUGCUGGACAGGGAGGGACUUUGGCGAAGUGCAAGGCGGAGGGAGAGGGGGAGAAGACGGGUGUGAUUUGUAAGAGGGUUGUUGAGGCUUGA